AGACGCGGCGUUUUCGAACCUCGAACCUUGCGGCACCCGCGCGGCGCAGAGGCAUGCCUGCGCCAUUUCUGUCCUUUUAUCCAAUUGCGGGUAUCGCUAACGAGCUGAAGUGUUGUUAUAAGGCGUUGCUAAGCUGAAACAUCCACAAAGGAUGUAGGUGAGACGAAACUUUGCGUUUAUGAACGUAUCGUCCCAUAGGUGGAGGAGUGUCUCAGAAAGCAAGGGUUCCGACACCAAUUUUAACGUCAUUUCUUUCCAUGCGAGGUCACCACGAGGUUAAUGCUCAGCAUCCUAAGAGAGUGGUGGUGCUAUGGCACCCGCCGCUUUGGCGCCUUUAGAUCAUACAAACAAAGGCACGCUUACGCUGGUCAGUGCGUAAGCCUACUUUGCCGAAAUUUUGAGUCAUUCUGGCAACCCUCCCAAUAUGCUACGUAAACACGGUUAGCAGUAUCACUAGACUUCUUGUCUCGUUUCCGAACCAACAUUCACGUGCCUCAGAAACAGUCUCCACGGCUCUAACGCAUGACUAGUGUCACAAAAAACACCCCGUUCGUGGUUCCACAGGCAUGUUUCGGCUGUCCCGGAAACAGUACGGACUGUCAGCGUCCUCACUGCGUGGCGGCUGACGGUCGGCGGCGAGGACUGGUCACCGUCAACCGUCAGAUGCCCGGUCCCCCUAUAGAGGUGUGUCAUGAGGACACGGUGGUGGUGGACCUGGAGAACCACCUGGGCAGUGACACUUCCAGCAUCCACUGGCAUGGCUUGCAUCAGCGAGGCAGUCAGUUCAUGGACGGGGUGCCACACGUGACUCAGUGCCCCCAGUUGCCGGGCACCGUGUUCCGAUACACCUUCCGUGCCGAAAACCCCGGAACCCACUUCUGGCACUCCCACUCCGGUUUCCAGAGGUCGGACGGGGCGUACGGCGCGCUGACCAUCCGCAUGCCCCGCGAGCUGGACCUGCACGGCGCGCUUUUCGACACGGACCUGCCGGAGCACAAGAUCCUUCUCUCUGACUGGCUCAAGGAGCUGGCCGUGGAGAGGUUUGUCUCUCACCACCACGCGCUGGGAACAAACAAACCGGAGACGAUUCUGAUCAACGGCCGGGGACGACCCGCCGGUCACCACCGGAACAGCUCCCACACGCCGCUCACUGAGUAUGUCGUCGAUAAGGGGCUGCGCCACCGCCUGAGGCUGGUUAGCAACGGAGUGAUGAACUGCCCGCUGGAGGUGUCCGUGGACGGCCACCGCCUGACCGUGAUCGCCUCGGACGGCAGCGAUGUGGAGCCCGUGGAGACUGACUCCCUCGUCAUCUACGCCGGCGAGCGGUAUGACGUAAUACUGCACGCCAACCAAGCACCGGGCGUCUAUUGGCUGAAGGUCCGCGGCCUGAUGGACUGCGACGAGCGUUUCAGCCUCGCUCACCAGGUGGCGGUGGUGCGAUACAGGGGGUCGCCGCAGGUGGUACCCGAGCAGGAGAUCGACUACUGGGCCACCAAACGCCCGGGCAAGCAAGUGUCACCCUUCAACGACGCGGACCAGACGCCGGAGAAGGUGCCGGUGAGUGCGCUGACGGCGCUGGCGCUGGAUGACGUCACGUCGGUUGAGCACGCCGACGUCAAGUUCUACCUGGACUACGACUUCAACCAAGUUGACAACAAGCACUUCCACGACGAGGAGCAUUACUCCGUUUUCAGCGUGGAGCACCACCUGCAGAUGCUGACACCGCAGUUCAACAACAUCUCGCUGCGGCUGCCGGUGGCGCCACCUUUAAGCCAGCCGGACGAUCUGAGCGCCACCUGUAACUCGAGCACGGCGGGCGACUGUCAGCGCGAGUACUGCGAGUGCACGCACGUGCUCAACAUCCCCCUGGGCGCCGUGGUCGAGCUGUUCUUCAUCGAUCGGGGGUUCACCUAUGACGCCAACCAUCCCCUGCACCUGCACGGCUACGCCUUUCGCGUGGUGGCGAUGGAGCGGCUGGGUCGCCAGGUGACGCGCCAGGCGGUGGUGGAGCGGGACCGGGCCGGCCUCGUGCCGCGCCGCCUCCACCGCGCACCGCUCAAGGACACGGUCACCGUACCCGACGGCGGGUACACGGCCGUCCGUUUCCACGCUACCAACCCGGGCUGGUGGCUUUUCCACUGUCACAUGAACUUCCACGCCGAGGUUGGAAUGGCAAUUAUCUUCCACGUUGGAGAGCGGGAACACCUGCCCAAAACGCCACGAGGCUUUCCAACGUGCGGCGGAUUCAUGCCGCACUACGAGUACAGCUCGUCGCCGGAAGAGGGCACUGACAAACGCCAGUCGGGCGCGGCGAACGUGACCGGUCCCCUUCUGUCUGUGUUGUGGUUGUCGCUGCUGACUUUGUUUGCGAGUGCCUUAUGAACGGCUAGUAUCGCGGUGCCAUUACGCGUGCGUGACUUUGUCAUAGGUAUUUUAAGUGAACUGUACAAAUGUAUGCCUAACACCGGUGAGAGCUGUGCGUACCUAGUGCGACGUCGCGUUUUAUAUCCCAUAUGACCCGCAUAAUGUGCGUGUGCUAAAGCUUUCCUGUCGUGUCGGUUCUAAGGUGGUCCCGUCUUUGAAUCGUCAUGAAAGCAAGGCCACAGUCGUUCGGUUUAUGAACAUUAGUGUUUGGUGUUUGGUGGUGGCUUGGUGCCAAGGCGUUUGUAGGUAAACGUAACUUAUUCGGAGAUUUUGUGUGAAUGGGCGAAAAAGCUCGUGUUAUGAUGCCUGUAUUGUGUAUUCCUGGUCGUAAAACACCUCGUUCGUAAAUAACAUUCCUUGAAUGCGUAUUGUAUGUAUUCAUGAA